AAAUAAAAAUAAUAAUUAAUAAUAAUUAAAUAUAAAAAUUAAUGGCUGAUAAACAAGAUAAAAGAGUAAGAGAUAAAAGCCCAGUCGCUGAAAUGAGAACAUGGAACGAAGUUAUAUUAAAAGAAAGAUCUAAGCAAUAAAUAUAUAUGCAUUUUUCAAUAAAUCCAAGAAAAAUUUUCUUAUAUUCAGAUAAGCCAAAUAAUAAUAUUUUUGUCUAAUAAUAAAUGAAAAAUUCUGGAACUAAAAACCCUUUUUUAGAUUUUACUAAACUACCUGAAGGAAUGGAAACUAAUAAGUCGCCAGAAUUAAACUAGGAAAUAUUAACAAAGUUAUCCCAUAUUGGUUAAACUCCAACUUAAAAAUACAAAUUUCCAUAAACAUCAAAUUAAGACUUAGGAUGGUAUAAUAAGUAUGCUAGAAGCUUAAGCCCUUAAAGAAAUUAAAAUUAAUUUAAUUAUCCCAAAAAAACUUGUAACGAAACUGAAUAUGCAAAUGAAUAUUAUAAUAUGUUAAGAAUAUCUCCUUUUUCUAAUAAAGUAAAAUGAAUAUAAGAAAUAAAUAUAGAAUUAUAAUAUUAUUUAUAAUUAAAAAUUUAAUUCUUAAUAAUUAUCAUAUUAACAUAAGUAUAUUAAAAUAUUUAUUUUAUUAUAGUAUAUAAAAUAAUAUUAUAUUUUAUCUAUUUUUACUAUUUAAAAUUAAAAAUUUAACUUAAUUUUUAUAAC